AUGAUCGAUUUAGUUAAAAUUUGUGGAUGGAAAUUUGAAAAAAACUUUACAGCUGUUAAACAAGGUGAAUGUUUUGAUUUAUUACGUAUAAAUAGUUCAAGAAAAUCGACAAUAUUUACAAUGUUAACUGGAGAAAUUUCAAUGACAGAUGACAAUGCAUUUGUCAAUAAUUGUAGUGUUAUUAAACAGUUAGAUGCUAUUCAUCAAAAUUUAGGCCAUGACACAAAAAGCAAAAAAGAAUAA